UUGAAGUUGCUCCGCAAUUAGCUUCUCCGAGCUAUUCAUAUCUUUAGGAUGCGGCUAAAUGCAAUGAACGAAUAACACAUGAGACGUCGCCAAUAAUGCAGGCUACACAAGCAAUCAACGAGGAUGCCCAUCACGCUGGAGAGGUGAUGCAUGUCUGGAGCUGAUAUAAGUGGCUGGUGAUGGCUUUAUACAGAAAGAACAGCAAUAGCAGAGCACACACACACACACACUGCAAGCAGCUGCACUGCAUCAUCUGUCAUAUAUCCCUCUUUCUCCCUCCCUCCCUUCACCGUCUCUCUUGCACAGUCUCGCUCAGAUGCAUUUUUAAGCUGAGGAUCUCUGGUCCAGCCACAGCGUCUUCACUGCAUUCCUAUGGGACAGUUACAAUGACUACAUCCCCUGAUCUGCUGGUGCCAGUGGAGGCCAAGGUUCUACUGAGCACAUGGAACCAGUCCAGGGGCCUGUCCGGGACUCUGUACCCAUUCAACGUGAUGAGUAGCUCAAGAAACACUAACAGCACCAGUGCUCCCAUGGAGAAGGAGAAGGAUAUAAGCAUGAUAGUGAUCCAGUUCAUUUAUGCCAUUGUGUGCCUCAUUGGACUAAUCGGGAAUUCCAUGGUGAUUUUUGUCAUUCUAAGAUAUGCCAAAAUGAAAACUGCCACCAAUAUUUACAUCUUGAACUUGGCUAUUGCAGAUGAGCUCUUUAUGUUGAGUGUCCCUUUCCUGGCUGCUUCUGCAGCGUUGCAGCACUGGCCAUUUGGCUCAGGGAUGUGCCGCACAGUCCUUAGUGUGGAUGGCAUUAACAUGUUCACCAGUGUGUUUUGCCUGACAGUCCUAAGUGUGGACAGGUACGUGGCCGUGGUCCACCCUCUCCGGGCUGCCAGAUAUAGGCGACCAACUGUGGCCAAGAUGAUUAACAUUUGCGUGUGGAUUGUAUCUCUUCUGGUCAUUUCCCCAAUUCUAAUAUUUGCAGACACAGAUUCCUCUAAUGGGGUUGUAGUGUGCAAUCUUCUGUGGCCACAGCCCUCAUGGUCUACCGUGUUUGUCAUUUACACCUUUCUUCUAGGCUUCUUCCUGCCCGUGAUUGCUAUCUGUCUAUGCUACAUCCUUAUCAUAGUUAAAAUGAGAGCAGUGGCACUGAAGGCAGGCUGGCAACAGAGGAAAAAGUCAGAGAAAAAGAUUACUCGCAUGGUGCUGAUGGUAGUUACUGUCUUUGUUAUCUGUUGGAUGCCCUUCUAUAUUGUUCAGCUCCUCAACCUUUUCCUACCCCACAUGGACGCAACCAUAAACCACAUUUCACUUAUUCUCAGUUACGCCAACAGUUGUGCCAACCCAAUUCUCUAUGGCUUCUUCUCAGAUAACUUUAAGAGAUCUUUCCAGAGAAUUGUCUGUUUUCGUUGGCUUGAGAAUGGUACAGAUGAACCUGUGGAUUAUUAUGCUACAGCCCUGAAGAGUAGAGUGUGUAAUAACCACCCAUUGGACUUCCAGCAAGAGCCUCUCCAGUCUGACCCUUGCUACAAACAUGGGACAAUUACAAGGACCACCACACUAUAACAGACCAGAAGAUGCCUUGUUAACAACUUGCUGCUAGUCACACAUGUUACUGUUCUACCAGAGGGUUUACAUGUAUGUGGACAUGUUCUGAUUAGAUGUCCUCUUUGUAUUUGUAGUGGAAAUGAGUGUGCUUAAUAAACCAUAAAGUCCAAUCUAAAA